AUGGGCCAAAAGUUGUCAUUGUUGGCACCAUCAGCGCCUACGAUUGCCAUAUCGUCAUACGUUGAUGCAUUAGAGAACUACCAAUACGUUGAGCUCCUCAACAAUUCACGAUUCCUAAAAACCAUUAAAGCUAUUGAUAAAUCUACAGGUAACUUUGUCAUUAUCAAGCUUUUGAUUAAACCAUCAACACCAUCUUACACUUUGCAGCUACAAGAUGUACUAGAGUACUUGGUCAAGGAAUCGUCUAUGUUAUAUCCAUUCAAGAGUAUAUUGACGUGGCAUAAGUUAAUUGAAACUGAUCGAGCGGGAUACAUGAUUCGAGAAAUGGCCAAGAUCAACCUAUAUGAUCGACUAUCGUUGCGUCCAUUUUUGGAACAAGUGGAGAAACUAUUCAUUACAUUUCAGUUGUUGAAAAUUGUGUGUGAGUUGCAUUCAUUGAAUGUACAUCAUGGUGAUUUACGAUUGGAGAAUAUACUUGUAACUUCGUGGAAUUGGGUACUUAUUACUGACUUUGCCAAUUUAAUCAAGCCUACGUAUAUUCCCGAAGACAAUCCAAAUCAAUUUUCAUUCUACUUUGACAGUUCCGGAAGAAGGGUGUGUUAUAUUGCCCCAGAACGGUUCUACAAUAGUCAAAAUAGUGCCACUAGAAAUAUUCUGAACUAUAAUGACGAUGGUUCAUUUAAUUUCAAAAACAAUGUCACUGAUGAAAUGGACCUAUUCAGUUUAGGGUGUGUUAUUGCCGAAAUUUGGUGCGAUGGUGAGCCAGUGUUUACAUUAUCUCAGUUGUUCAAGUACAUGAAAAAUGAAUAUGAGCCUGAUUUGUCAAGCAUACAACAUCCGCAUAUUGUCAGCUUGAUCAAGAAGUUAUUAAAAGUAAAUCCAGGUGAACGAGCUAGUGCUCGUGAAUUGUUGCAAGAGUUCAGAAGUGUGUGUUUUCCAGAUUUCUUUUACACCUUUUUGUAUGAAUUUAUGGAGGGUAUAAAUGAUCGGGAAUACUUCACACCAGAAAACAAGAAUGACAAGUAUCAAACUCCUAGCGAUAUGAAGAUCAGUUACAUUUUUGGUAAUUAUUCCAAGAUCAGUCAAUCUUUGGGCUUUAAUUACAAAGAGUGUGAGCCUUCGUUGGCGAUUCUUCCAAUGAAGAUGAAUCUCCCCACAAUGCCCCACAAUUACCGAAUACAACCGAAAAAGUACGUGGAUAACGACGCAAGUGAAGCGUCUUUGAUCAUUAUAAACUUGAUUACAUCAUUGAUGAAAACAGCGAAAUUAACUGAAUCGAAAAGAAAAUGUUGCUUGUUAAUACUAGCCUUGUCUGAACAAAUCAAUGAUGAAUCAAAGCUAGAUCGAUCAUUACCAUAUUUGUGUUCUGUAUUGGAUGAGUACAUCGAAGCUUCAAUAUAUCAUUCACUUGAGCAUGUGUCAGCAAAAGUUGUUUGCUUAGCAUUGUACUCAAUCACAAGUUUAAUGUUGUCUUGUUCGUACAUUACCCCCAUCAAUGUCCUUGUCUUUCCUGAAUAUUUAUUAACCAAAGUCAACAAUUUAUUGGCGUUGAAAAUGGAUUCGGAAUCACAAAGGUUGAUCAAUAGUUGUAUUGCUGUGUGCUUACCGUAUCUCGCCACUGUUGCAAAAAAAUUUUGGUCAAUGUCAAAAGCGUUUAAACAAGGUGGCGUCAACAGUACAGCUAAUGUCACCAAUCUACUUCCAGAAAGUGUCAUGAAGUCAGUGACCACUAUCCACUUGUCCAAGGAUCAAUUAGACCAAAAAUUCAAAGAAAUUACAUUGAGUUUACUUACAGAUGCACAAUCUGCAGUCAAGGUGAGCCUACUUGAAAACAUUCUUCCCUUAUGUCAGUUUUUCGGUAGGGAUAAAACCAAUGAUAUAAUUUUACCCCAUUUGAUUUCGUAUUUAAAUGAUCCUGAUCCAACGCUUCGAUUGGCCUUCUUGUCAGCAGUGUUGCAAAUGGGACCAUAUAUUGGUGCAUUAUCAUUCGAACAAUACAUUCUUCCAUUGCUAAUACAAUCCGUUGGUGAAGGAGAUCAAUUUGUUGUCCUUAAAGUGCUUCGCAUUUUCAACGCAUUUGUUCUGCAAAAAUUGAUCAAUGCUAAAUUGGAGUUCAACUCGUUGGAAAUUUGUACUGAGUUGCUAUCUAAUUCAAUUCAUCUAUUACUACACCCAAAUGAAUGGAUUCGACAAUCAUUGAUCACGUUGAUUAUCUCAACCAGUAACAACUUGAGUGAUGCUGAUCGUUAUUGUUUCUUGUAUCCAUUGAUCAAGGGUUAUUUGGUAUACGACGUGUUUGAAAUUGAUUGGAACUCAUUGUACCCAAGUCUUACUCGACCAUUGAGUAAACAGGUGUUUGAUGCAAUGAUUACUUGGGCAUUGACAUUUACAAACAGAUCGUUAUUUUGGCAAGAAAAGAGUUUUUCAUUGAUAUCCAAUGGUCCUGGUAAUGUCGCCACAAACAAAAAAUUUGUUUCAUUUUCAAAAAAUAUGGGCAAAUCUGUCUAUAUGCCGAAAUUGAGCACUGCUGUUGUGUCCUAUAAUAGUGGAAGAAGUAAAGAAAAUGUACCAUUAAGCCCCGAAGACAAACAAUGGUUACUCAAACUCAAAUCCAUUGGGUUAGAUGACAAGUCUUUAUGGAAAGUUUUCGUAUUGAGGAGUUAUAUUUAUCGACUUAGUCGAAUUGCCAGGCCUCAACAAGUUCAAUUUGAACUGAUUAACUUAACCCCGCGAAAUAUUUUUCUUGAUGUUGUCUUCAAAUCGGAGCCAGUGACAUCGGUAAGGGGACAAAGGGAUAACAAAGUUGUUGUUAAAUCGGAAGACACGGUAUCAAUAAGAAGUUUAGAUCAUCACCAUCAUUCACGGCCACUGCAUAAAACGUUGGUAUUACCCAAUAUGGAAAGAGCUAUUGCAUCAGUACAAACAAUUGAAGCCAACGUGUUUGGCAAGAUGGAAUCUAGUCGUGAUAGUGCGACGAAGAGUUCAUGGGUUAAUGACCCAACGAUGUUUCAUAAAUCGUAUCACGUGGAUGAGAGUCGGGUAAUCACUUGUCACAUGAAGCACACAUACACUGGUGCUAAUCCGUUCAUUUGGAACUAUUUGCAUACAUUGACAAUUGUUCCAUCGCUUGAUGAUUUUAUUGAAUUUGGUAAAAAACUUACGAAAGGCAAGGUUGUUAACCAAUUGAAUACUUUAAAUUUGUUCAAUUUAAACAUACAUCGAACAAGUGAAGAUAUUGAUGCAUAUACUUGUUUAACUAGAUCUCCUCAAGGUGAUUUUUUUGUUACCGGAUCUGAAAAUGGAUGUUUGCAAGUAUGGGACAUUUCUAAAUUGGACAAUAUCUCACGAAUCAAGCAUGCUGAUCAAUCAUUGGAUUUGCAAUCACGAAUCACCUCAAUAGCAUUCUUGCACAUGCGGAAUUGUAUUGUUGUUGCUACUCGAGAUGGGAACAUCCGCAUAUCGAGAAUUGAACUUGCCCGGAACAAGAAUGGCAAGAUUAUCAAAUUUAUGAAACCAGCACUAGUUCGCAAAUGCAAAUUGGAUUCAUUUAUUAUUCUUGUUGAAACUAUAGAAAACUUCAUUUUUGCCAUUGAUUAUCAACUGCAAGUGAAUGUAAUUGAUAUGAUUACCAUGAAUCGACAAUAUGUAUUGCAAAAUCCAUUAUCGUUUGGCAUAAUUACAAGCUUCAUCACGGGUGUGAAUAAAAACGGUUGGGCAUUGAUUAGCACACAACGUGGGUAUCUUACACUAUGGGAUUUACGGUUCAAAUUGAUGUUGAAUUCAUGGCAAAUACAAAUUGACUCAGAAGUUGAUAACAACGAUGGAUUUGUAAUUGAGCAAAUUGAUGAGUUGAAAUUGAUUAAUUCAUCCAAUAUCGAUCUAGUGAGGGCCAAAUUUGGUGAGAAUACGAUUAAAGAACGAUUAGUCUACAUUUAUAUCAAGUCGGUUUCACGACAGUUGGAAUUGUUGAUUGAGAUUUCUUCUUUGGAGUGCAAGGGAAUUGUUUGUGAGGGAGAUCUACAAGGGCAAUAUAAAUGCAAGUUGAUUGAAGUUGAUUGUAAUUUGUCACAAGUGAGAAUUGAGGAUAUGAUUGAAGAAUUGAGUCUAGAGGUGAAAUGA